UCUGUAUUCCUCUUCUCUUCUUCCUUUUCCCCCAUUUUCUUACUCUCAUUCCCAACAACACCGUUUCCAAAUACACAAUCCUCCCCCAGCUUCCAGAGCUUUCUGCGUUUCCGAAUGUCCACCGCACCGGCGCAGCCUCCGGUGAAGUCCCAGCCUCUGCACAAGUUCGCCCUUCCCUUCUUGAAAUGGGGAGUCAGCGGCAAGAACCACCACACCAACGCAGCGCAUCACCACCGCUGCCGCCGCCCCUCCUCCCACCCCUCCGAUCACGCCUCCGAACCUGAUUCUGACCCCCACUCCCGCCCCCACUGCCUUGGAUCCAGGACCAAUCGCAACCGAUUCGCACUCCCCACCUGCUCCCUCAAGCCGCUAGCUCCACCACCACAACCACUUCAGGCGCCGUCGUGCAACGAUGAAACUAACGACGAAGCUGCGAAGCGCGACAUCGAGGACGCCGAGGAGGCUGUGCAAAAGCCGUGGAACUUGCGACCCCGCAAACCCGCGCUCCCCAAGUCUGCGCUCGAGAUCGGAACUGGUCCUUCACGGAACCACGCCAACAACGGCGCGGGAGAGUUUCACGACGCCAUUUCGAACCACGGCGAGAACCUCGCUCCGAAGUCCCUCCGGCUACGAGUGUUCGCAGACACUCAGUGCGCCGAGAAGAAGGAGAAGAGGAAAUUUUGGAUCGCAAAAGCCCUAUUUACAGAAGGAGGAGAGGUCAGAGAAGAGGUCGGAGAAGCUAUCGGAUCCGUUGAACGCGGCGGAGAUGAAAACGAAUGCGGAGGCAAAGAGGAAAGAGAGGCAUUAGCGGAGCUGAAGCGAGUGGUGAAGGAGUUGCGCGAAGAAGACCUCUCGAUGCGGAGAAUCGCGGUGGAGAGAGUGAGGUCGCUGGCGAAGGAAGAUGCCGAAGCGAGAGCAAAUCUCGCAAUGCUCAAAACAGCCUCCAGAAUAUUUGAGUGUUUGAGGGUGGACAAGGGGAAACCUUGGUUGAUCUCAUCAACAACUCUAAAUGGGCAGGGGCCGAGUUUCAUGGUGGCGGAGAUGAAGGACUUCAAGAUCUGGCUCAAGGGGACGACCGUGGGAAGGAAGGGGCGACUCGCGAUCACGGCGAUGGCGUCGGAGGUGGCGUCAGAGGUGGUUGUGGUAGAGUCAAAGGGAGAGGGAGGGAGAGGAGAUGAAAAAGAUUAA